AUGCCAACAAAGGAUAAAGUGCAGAAAAAGCAGGCAGUACAAGCUAAUAAGCACCGACGUGCUGUGGACUGGGAUGUUGGUGACAAAGUGUGGGUUUCUACAAAGCACUGGAGAAGUGACCGCCCAAGCCGAAAACUUGGAAGCCAGCAAGAGGGACCCUACGAAGUGUUAGAAAAGGUCGGCAAAAGCUACAGACUCGCAUUGCCAGGUUCUAACCACGUACAUCCUGUCAUUCACGCUGACAAGCUGAGAAAAGAUCCAAACAACCCCCUUCCUGGGCAACACAACAACCAGCCAGUUGUAGUUGAGUACCACGAGGGUCCAGAAUACGAGGUUGAAGAGGUAAUCGCAUCAAGGAAGCGUGGCAUGUAUCGGAUAGAGUACAGAGCAAAGUGGACAGGUUUGGAUUACGACGAAGUCUGGUACAAUGCAAGUGGAUUCAAAGGAGCGCCUCACAAGCUACAGGAGUUCCACACAAGAUAUCCAAAAGCAGUUGGGCCUCCCAAGAAUCUGGCCUACUGGCUUGAGUGCUACGAAAAAGGAGUAGAACCCGAAAAACGACAAGACGACGACUACAGACUUAUGCGCUCGGGACGAGCUUCUUCGGAGGGGGGGGUGAUGUGA